UGGAGAAUGUGCCCCACCAUUGAUUUCUAGUGGCCCAAGGACUUCCUCGCCUAGCAUUCCAUUGGAUGACUCGCAAAUUCCUGUUGAACCUCAGGCGUUAUCAUCUUCCCCACCAAAAGAACCAGUUACUAUGAACUCUAAAGCUGAAGAUGCACCAUCAUUUCCAGGGGCUCCGAUCAUGAAUUCACCAGUGACCGGUCCUGCACAUCCACCACCAUCAAAAGGAUUUGCCCCUCCACCAAUGACCAGACCUCCCAACGGAUAUGGCCCUCUGCCCUUCGCUGGGCAUCCUCUACCUGUCCCAGGCCCUCGCUACAGACCUCCACAUCCAGUUAGAGGACCCUAUGGUCGCAUGCUAUAUGGACCUGCUCCACCCUGGAGUGGUUGUGGACCACCUCCACCGCACAGAGACUAUUGGCCAGGACCUCCCCCUCCAUUUGGCUUAAGGGAUUUUGCACCUGGAAUGAGAGACUUGCCCUCUGGUUUUCCACCACCACAUGGACCUUGGGACUAUCCCUUUCCACCCAAAAACAUGCUUCCUGGGGCUGUUCCUCCACCAGGCAUGAGAGACUAUCCAGGCCCACAAGGUCCACCACCACAGAUGGGUCCCAGAGACUUCAAAGCAGGCCCCCCAGUACCACAACAGAUGAGCCCAAGGGACUAUCCUCCAGGCCCUAGUUUGCCAACACAACAGAUGCAACCCGGAGACUUCUCAAAUUCACAGAAUGGGCCAUAAAUUUCACCUAAUGGUGGUAUUUUAUUCAACUAAGCAGAGCAAAAAACUGUUUCUGUUCUUUUAUUUUUAA